AAAUGAAGACCUUCCGAAAAAGAAAGAUAACCACUACGCAAUGUCAACAAAAGAUGAGAAAGAAGUCAAUAUCAACUUUGUUUUAAACAGUGACAAAGAAAACGCCAAGCAUUUUAAGAAGAAAAAAAAUUUCUCUGGUUCUGAAAAAGAUGAAAUAAAAUGGAAGGAUCCUAAAGCAAAGAAGCAAUUUUUGAACCAAUACACGAACCCAAAACUAGAAAGUAGAAAAGACAAAGUUUC